CAACCAACCGGACUGGAUAUUCCAUCCGCACUAGGCAGGGUGUCGCAAGGGUUAAAGAACUGAUUGACGAGAAGGUUUGUCAGUCAUUGAAUAUUCCUGAUGCCCCCCAAUACCUCCUUAGCCAACCAGAGAGGAUUUGCACAAGGUACAUGGAGGCCAGCUCCUCAAGCCCACAUGUAUGAGCCUCUUGCUUCUGGUGGUAGUGGUAUUGUUCACGUGUGGGUUCGUCUCGGUAGGAAUGACAAGAUCAUUGAUCGCGUGGUCGUCAAGAACAGUUUCCCUGGUCUGCGGGCCUUCUCUGAUCCGAUUGAGUGGACUGACGGAGUCGUUGGUGCAGAGCCAAUGGAGAGCUCUGUCGCAAACAGACUCCACGCUCGGCUUCGCAUGAACAAUGCUGGCGAUGAAAGAUUCGUCGCGGAGUGUCUUGGAUGGGGUGACAUUCGCGGCCCCCCUCCAUACCCUAAUGGUUUACCCCAGGUGAAGCUUUACUAUGCUGGGUGAUUUUGGCAGCUCUCGAGAUCUUACCGAUGCGGCCGUGAGGAAUCGACAACGACAGGGAGCGUGGGCAAGAAGCUUUAGUGCACCUGAGAUGGACAAGGACCUUUUAACUGCAC